GAAUUUGAUAGGUUAAUAUCUUGGUCACUACAUGACCUUAGUUGAAGGAUUAGCGGAACAAACGAGUCUGAUGGUUUGGUUGUUGGUUUUGCAGAAGUAUGCAUAGACCACAUAGCCAUCUCGGCGAUUCAUCGUAUGUGCGCCUAGCCCGAUCACUGACAGCAUGUAAUAAUUUUGAAACAGUCAAGCGUCUUAUUGAGUUUUUUCCUUUAUCUGAACCAAAUGGAGGCUAUCGACUUGACAGUCAAGCUCAGUGUUCUAUAAUCAGCGUUGGAAUAUUUUUAGUGGAAUCUAAUCUGAAGUUUGUUGACAGGUUACUUCCUUAUUUACUUAAUGUCCUGCGGAAAUUACACAAAAGUCAUGUGACGGACAAUAUUGUUUGUUCUAACUUUCAAAAACUUCCACAGGCUGAAUGUUUCAGUUUUGCCUUAUCUAGUCUACUGAGUCAAAUUGCUCUUUUGGAUUCAAAUCGUUCAGAAGACAUCAUCACUAGCAUCCUAGAUUGUGUUAGUAACAUUAUUAAUCAAAUAAAUGAGGUGUUACAACAGCCUAUCGACCGUUUUGCCGCUGUCUCAGCAUUCCUUCGUCAACCGAGAAAUCAAAAUACUUCUACCCCUGAUGCUGUGAAACUUCAAAGUCAACAGCUUGCAGCUGAACGACUAUGUACAUUCCUUGCUCCUUCUGUAAUUGGUCUUCUAAGAGGCGUUGCUCGUGGUGUUGUUCAUGUUAUGCCCUAUACUACUAAUUACAGUGGGAAUUCUUCAUUGCCUGUAGUAUCCCGUCUAUUUCAGCCUUUACAGACUAAUAAACUAGUAGAUAGGGCUAAAUUUCAAACUUCGAGCGGUGCUUGCCCUCACAAAUUAACAGAAGUUAGUUAUGAAUUCACACUCAGUGUUUAUCCGUCAUUUUGUUGUAUAAUACCUCAUUCUCUGUGUCAUUCACUACUGACAAACACAGGUGAAAAACACGUGGACAGUGGUUCAGUUGAGUCAAUUGAUACAGAACAAUUUGAUUUAUCUCACAAUAAUGAUAACUGGAGUAGUUCAUGGUUCAAUCCAAAUGGAAGUGAAUAUUUACUUGGUCAAGUUGCAUCGGUGUAUGCCUCUCAUCUACCACAUCGUGCUGUAAUGAGUGAAGAUCAUUUGAUUAGUAAUAGUGUUUUGACACAAUUUUCUGAAUGUCUUACGUCUUGUAGUCGUUCUAAUAAUCUAGCCAUCACAACAUUUACAUCAAGUCAUUUAAGAUCUCUUGUAAAAAUGGCUUAUCAGUUGAUGAAUGAACGAUUUACCAAACGUUUGGACUCAUUAGCGCUUAGUUUUUGGCCUUAUCGUCCAAAAACUGGCCGUUAUCCCUAUCGAUCAUUUGCGCAUUGUUUAAGGUUAUGCUGUCUUCUAUUGAUACGAGAUAUUUUUCGUAAUCCUAAACAAGAAAUCAGUGAUAAACUCUCAUCCAGUGUACAAAGUUUAAUGCUUGAAGUCUAUGUAAUCUGUCUAACUGAAGUAUCGCGUUUAUCAGCGGAAGCAGCUGGUAUCCGUUCACCACCCGACAUUGUAAAUAAACAAAGAGCGUCAUCUGAAGAAGCAUCAUCUCCAGUUGAAAAUGGUCGACCACACUUUUCUAAUCCCGAAGAUGAUGAUGAGCAGGAGGAGGAAGAAGAAAGGCGAGAGGAGAAAGCGGCUAGUAAAGGCAGUCGCAACAACAGUGAAGAACAACAGCAAACAUCUAAACAUGUCAACUGUUCACCAGUAAGAAAAGAGAAUGGCAUGCUUAAAUCAAGCCCACCGAGUAAAUUGCCUAAUGGGUAUUCAAAUGACAAUACUUCACCUGAUGAAUAUCAUAGCUUUGAUGAUAGUGAAAAUAAUGUGGUUGCUAUCCCAUCAAAAUCAGCUCAACUUAUCCCAUCUUCAACUCCAGUAGCAUCUGAGUCAAAAGUGAGUAGUAGUUAUGCAGAUAAAGAAUCACCUAUUGUUUCAAAUAUUGACGGUGUUGGAACUAACAGUUAUAUUGUAUCCUCAUCAUCUUUAAUUUCAUCGCCUACAAAGCCAACUGAAAAUCAAUCACAAAGUAUCAAUGCUACUGUCAACAAUACCACCAUGCUAUCGAAUGAUCGAGCGGAGAGUUCAGCAAAUGCUUUAUUCGCUUUUGAUUUAGUCACUGCAACUACAGCUGCUUGUAUACAAAUUUUAACAAAAUCAAUUAAAGAUAUGUCAGAUUCUGAAAGUUUGCUUAUUCGCCUGCUGGAUCGUAUUGCCAAAGGGAUCGAUUUAAAAUUUGUUAUACACGCAGAUCGUGUAUUUGAACAAGCCGCCGGUGCCGCAGCAGUAACAUCAUCAUCGUCAUCAUCAGCAUCAAAAAGUUUCACUAUACCAUCUGCAUGGGGUGUACAAAAUCUACGUGGACACUUUAAUAUACCACAACGUCGUAUUUCUACACAAGUUGGUAUUAACCAGUUAAUGUCUGACACAGCCUUAUCUACUACUACAGUCAACACACUGAAUAAUCGUAAAUCGCGGCAUAGACCACGUCUUGCUCAUUUAGUUUGUAGUGCUGGUUUGCUGGUUGUUGUACUGGAGAGUGUUGGCCAGUUGACACAACAUUUCCCUCAUUUAGGUAAAGCUAGUUUAGACUCUUUAAUUGAUUUCUUAUUGAAUCCAAGUCCAGUAUUGAGUAGACUGAAUCGUCAAAUUGACAGACUGAGACAUUCUAAAGCUGGAAUUCUUAUCAUUAUUGAUACAAUGAGGAAAACCAAUUCAAAUGCUUCACUUACUGGAUAUGAAGCACAAUUAACCGAAUUAACUAAAAUUGAACGUCAUUUAACCUAUUAUAAUCGUAUAUUAGAGCAUAUACGUGGUGCAGCUAUUGAAAGUCUUUGUAGCAUCUUGCUGCUUAAUCCUAGUUUCAUUGAAACAUUCCUGGCCGAUCUGUCUUGUCGAAUUUUCAAUGCCGCUGAAAGUGAUAGCCGUCCCACCAGAGAUAUCAAUUUAAUGUAUUUGAAUGCUGUUUAUUGUCUCGGUCAUAUGGGUGUUGCAUUAGCACAGCUGCCUCAAGCACAAGAAUUGAUAUUACAAUUUCUACAACAAAAUUUAAAUCCUGUAAAAUUACUACCUGAAUUAGAGAUUAAAUCAAUGGAACAGUUGGGUUGUAUGGUGAUUAGUGGAUCGUCAGCAGUUCAUGAUCAAAUUAUGGAUAUAUUAACUGCAAUUCGUGUACGUGGUACUCGUGAAAUGGCUUUACAUCCACAAAUGAAAACAUCUAGGCUGAGGCAUUUAUCUGAAGCUAUGAUAAAUGUAUUCGCAAAUAUAUCAACAUUUGUGCAAGGUCAAGCAAAAUUAAACAAACUCCUUCAUCGUCUGUUAGAGCAUUAUGUACACGUUGAUAUGGAAAUUGAUCAAGAUGCUAAAAAUGCAUCAAAUACAACAGCGGCUCAUGGCCUUGGACAACUUAUCCCCGUAAUAGCGAUUAUUCUACGACGUUUACCGCCAAUUCAAAAUCCUAAUCAACGCUUGCAAAAAUUAUUCAGAGAAUUUUGGUUGUAUGUUACGGUUAUGGGUUUUGCUGAUCCAAAUUCAACAGUAUGGCCUAUAGAAUACUAUCGUGGUCUUUGUGAAAUUGCCACAAAAUCACCGGUUUUAUUAUUGAAAGAUUCAUUACGAGCUGAAUUACAACAAAGUUCUGCACUGAGUGCUAGAAAUUUAUCUCAGACUGAUGUGACGGAUAUACGUAACAAGUUAUGUGUUCUACUGGAUAACAAUGCUGAAACUUCUUCAUUGAUUAAUCGAAUGAGUGUUACUCAGUGUAUUUAUUUAAUGGCUGUUUAUAGAUUAGAAUCAUUAUGUAUUGCACAUUCCACUGAUCCUGAAGCACUACAUCGAUUAUUUAUGUAUUUAGAGGACAAUAUUAUCAUAAAGGAUAAGUUCGGUAUGUGGACGUGUAUUUCGCAAGUAGCUGUUCGUAUAUUUACACGUUAUCUUGCUCAAAUGAAAGCUAAGCCACUAGAUACUGAACGUGAAUCAAUCAUGGAUAUGCACGCUCAAUUUCUUCUGGUCACAUUCACGCGUAUACAUAAAAGUCUACGUAUUGUAGCUGAUGAAUUUCUUAGUAUGCUGGCCAAAGAUUUCCCUCAUGUUAUGUGGAGUGGACGUGUAUUAUUCACAAUGUUGGAUGUUGCUCAAUUAUUAUCACAGUCUUUAGAAGUGGAUCCUAAUCACACUGCUCCAGUGUAUAAUGUUCCUGGGACAAAUUUCAAGUUAAUUACAACAGAUAGUCUACCUGUUAGAGAGAAAAUGUUAAAUGAUUUUGUUAAACGUUGUAAAGGCAUUAUUGAAGUUGGCUUACAAUGGGCACCGAAUUUAGUACGUUCACAUUUAAUCAAUUAUAUGCUUGAAUUACAACAUCCUGCAACUGAUCUGACACAGCAUACUGGAUUGGCUUUGGCUACUGAAUCAGUUUUAAACUAUGCUGGGUAUAAUCGUGCAGCAUCAUUUCUCGGGACUAAUGCUCUUGAGAAACGGCCUACAUGUGCAAAGUUGGAUUCAUCGAAUUUCAUGUAUAACUUGAUAUUACGCAAUCGAUUCUUGGGUGAAGCAUCUGGAAUGUUACGAUGUUCUGAUGAUCCAAUCAAACUUAUCAAUAAAAUGACCAAAGAUUUAGAUGCUGCAUGCAUUAAUGCUUCACGUUUAUCUAAGCUAUUAGCUAAUCUAGAAGAAUCACAACCGAAACAAAUGAAGCCGAAUUUCAACAAUGAACCACAAACUACAUCACUUAAUCCUAUUACAGAACAGAUUAAACGCUUACAAAGUCAAAAAUCAAUUGCAUUAGAUAUUGUACAAGCCUGCUUAUUCCGUAUGACUGCGUUAUUAGUUAUGCAUAAGUCAUACAAUGAUCCAGCCGUGAAUAGAAUCAAUUUUCUUCAACAAGACAAUGAAGCUUGUGAUGAUGACGAUGAUGGAGGCGAUGAUGGUGAAAUCGAUCAGGAUGCCGGUGGUGGCUAUGAUGACUUUGAAGAUGAUGAUGAUGAUAUGGAUGAAGACGACGAGGAUGAUAGCCUUGUAGAUGAAGAUGAUGAAGACACCUCAUCGGAAAGGCGAAAACAUUCUCCGCGUCGGCAUAAUUUUCGCCGUCGUCUUCAAUAUGGUGGUUCAGUGAUGAAACGAUUACUGCGUAAACCGAAAACCUCUGUGGCUCGUUUCACUAUUCCAAAUAUUCCUGGCAUUAAUCCUUCUAGUGUUUAUACUGCCACUACUACUACGACGACGACGACUUUGAGUAGUGUUACUACUACUGCUAAUACUACGACUGGAAAUGUGCCGUCAGCGACGCCAAUGGUAACCGCAUCGCGUGUACCUGUCUCUUCACCUCAACGCGUCAACAGUAAUGAUGCACAGACCUUUAUAAAUUUCAGAAAAUCAUAUGUAAUGAAUGGUGAUGCAGCAAGACGUCUGUUACAAGAAAUAUGUCAUUCACCACUUCGAUUGUUUACCACGGAAAUGUUAGAAAAUGCUGUAGCCUGUUGGCAAUGGUUAGUUGUCGGUCGACCACAAUUAAUUAUACAGCUGUUAAAUGAAUUAAGUGAUGCUUGGCAGACAACAAUUCAUCGACGUUUAGGCGUAUUUGCUGUGCAUAAUGCAGAUGAUGGCGAAGUUCUACCUUUAGUUGUAUCCGAUCAAUUAAAAUAUGUUCCAGCAAAGUGUAAUACUGGUCCGCAUCAUUUAUGGUCACAGUUUUUCAGUGAACGAUUAUACGUAGCUCAAUCUUCUAGUCAAGAACAGCUGGAUAUCUUGUUCGAUUUACUACAAAAAACACUGGCUGGUGAAAUUGCCUCUCUAGAUAAAAGUGUACAACCAGCAGUGCAAGGUGGUGGAACAUUGGGAUCUUCGCGUCACCGCCAGCAGCAUCAACAACAACAAUCACAACGUCACCGUCAUCAUCAUUAUCAGAAUGCUGUGUCUAUUAUACACGGACGAUUAACUAGUAAUGUAGCUGCAUUAGGUGUACGCUGUCGACUGGUUGAAAUGUGUUUAAGUCUAAUACAGAAUACUGGAUUUAAACCUACCAAUGUUGGAUAUCAGGGAAUUUCAACAGAUGAGACGUCUAGUGGUGUUGGUGGUGGAGGUGCUACAACAGCAAGUGGUGGUAUUUCUGGAGGGGCAGGAGGAGGAGCUGGGGGUGGUGGAGGCGGGAUGGGUAGUAGUGCUGGAAGUUUAGUCAGUGCUGGAGGUAGAACAGGCGGAAGCAGUAGUAGUCAAUGUUCAAAUGACAGUGGACAUUUAUUCCCAUUGGCUAGAAUUGCUCUUCGAGAGAAAGCAUAUGCAGCUAUAUUGAAUUAUUUCACGGUGAAACCACAAUAUCCAAUAAAACAAGGUGCUGAUUUAUCAGAUGAAUUAAAAGCAUUAAGUCGUCUAUGGAGUUUAAUGCAAGCUGAACGUAAAUACUUGAGUACAAGUAUGAUAGAAACGGAAAUGAGUGCCCUGCUAGAAUCUGUUGGUCGUGGUGGUUAUGGUAGUGGUGUUGGCGGUUUCCUCAGUGAUACUGAUGCAGCAAUCAAUUUUCAAGAUCAAGGCUUAGUCAAUACACCUGAAUCAUGUUUUGUUGGAAGUAGCGGGGGGCCUACUGGUGUCCUUGGCACACCGAUUAGUCCAGCAAGUUUUCCUACUAAUCCUGUAAGCAAUACAACUUUCAAUGCAACUAAUUCAUCACCGAAUAUUCGACAUGUGAAUUCAUAUAUUUACAAUGAGUCGUGUAUAAUAACACCGAAUGUUACACCAGGUGUAGCAGCAGCGACAACCACUGGAACAACAACAACCCCGAUGGCAACUGGCGGUGGAGCUGGUGGGGGUAGUAGUAGUAGUAGUGGAGGUACACUGCCAAGAUUACGUUCACAAGUGAUGCUGUUAACUGAUCAACCAUUAGAACGUCCCGGGGUUGGUUCAUUAAUCCUACCGUCUGCAUUGAAUUCGACAACUUCCUCAACACUUCAAAAUGCUGCUGUACUUGCUGGUAGUAAUAUUGCACACUCAGUUGUCUCUAAGCGUUCAUCAGCUACUGGAGGUAAACAAAGCGCUAGAACAACUGGAGAGAAUUAUUUGAAACAAAUAUUCUUGCAGAAACGUGAAUUAAUUUUAAUUCUGUUGGCUUCAGAGAUUGAACGCCUUUCAGUUUGGUUUAAUCCACAAGCACUGCCAGAUCUUAUUGGUGUCAAAGAGGCUGAAGUGGAAACAUGGCUACGUGAGACAUUACGUAAAAAGAGUUGGCGUAGAUGGACAUCAUUAGCCUGGGAAUUAUGUCCACCUGUAGCUGUUUAUAUGCCGCAAAGAUUUACUGGUUCAGAUGAAUUACGUCGUGAAAUUUCACUCCUUGUCACCGCUAAUCCACAACAUGUGACACACGUACCUGCUGCUUUACAAUAUCUGGCUACUUCUAGUAAUAUUGAAGAAGGACGUACAGAGCUGUCUCAUGUAUUAACAUGGUCACCUGUUGCCCCAGUAGUUGCCCUCUCCUUCUUCUCACGUAUGUAUCCUCAACAUCCAUUGACGCAUCAAUAUGCUGUCCGUGUGUUGGCUGACUAUCCACCGGAUACUAUGUUGUUCUAUGUACCUCAAUUUGUUCAAGGAAUACGUUAUGAUAAAUUGGGUUAUUUAUCCGAGUCAAUAGUCACAUCAGCUAAACGUUCACCACUACUAGCGCAUCAGUUGUUAUGGAAUAUGAAAACCAACAUAUAUCGUGAUGAAGAAGGCGUAAAAUUUGACAAUGAAAUUGGCAAUCAUCUCCUGGCGUUAACGAGUACUAUUCAACGUAAUUUCAAUGGAUCAACAUUAGCCUUUUAUCAAAGAGAAUUUGAAUUUUUCGAUCAAAUCACAUCAGUUUCAGCUAAAAUUAGACCAUUCCCUAAAGGUGAAGCUCGUAAAAAAGCCUGUCUAGAUGCCUUACGUGAAGUGAAUGUUAAACCUGGUUGUUAUUUACCAUCGAAUCCUGAUUCAGUUGUCCUAGAGAUUGAUUAUAUGUCUGGGACACCAAUGCAGUCUGCAGCUAAAGCACCAUUUUUAGCCAGAUUUAAAGUUCGUCGUGUCGGUGUACAAAAUUUGGAGGCUGAAGCUAUAGCCGCUGCCUCUGAGGCACAAUAUCCUGCAGCAGCGACAGGCACCACUGAUCAGUCACAUCAGCAUCAUCGUGAUUCUGUGGAUGGAUUCAAUUCGGUUGUGAAAAUGUUUUCACAAGCAGGAAUAAAAUCACGACGACGUAAUAGUCAUCAAGAAAACCCAUCGAGUAGUCCAAGUAGACAAGCCUUGUCUACAACUGUUUCCGGUAAACAUGGUACAGUUGGUUCACGUGUCAAAUCGCGUCAGCCUGUCACUGGAGGAGGAGGAGGAGGUAGUCAAGCACAAACAGGUACAAGUAGCCAACUAGCCUCUGACGAUAAACAGCCGACUACAUCAAAAUUAGGUCAUGUAUUUAUGCAAGCGUGUAUUUUUAAAGUGGGUGAUGAUGUUAGACAAGAUAUAUUAGCACUGCAAAUUCUUCAGUUGUUCAAAAAUAUAUUUGAAAGAUGUGGAUUAGAGUUAUUUGUCUAUCCGUAUAGAGUGGUAGCAACGUCACCGGGGCGUGGUGUCAUUGAAUGUGUACCAGACAGUAAAUCACGUGAUCAAAUUGGACGUCAAACUGAUGGCAAAUUAUAUGAAUACUUUUUGAGCAUAUACGGAGAUGAGACGACACCCAGUUAUCAAUUGGCUCGUCGAAAUUUUGUAUUAAGUUUGGCUGCUUAUAGUGUCUUCUGUUAUUUAAUACAAAUUAAAGAUCGUCAUAAUGGAAAUAUUAUGGUCGAUAAAAGUGGGCAUAUUAUACAUAUUGAUUUCGGUUACAUGCUAGAAAGUAGCCCCGGUGGAAAUUUAGGCUGGGAAAGUGAUAUGAAAUUAACCAAAGAAAUGUUUAUGAUUAUGGGUGGACGUAUGGAUAGUCCACCAUACUUAUGGUUUGAACAUUUAUCUGUACAAGCUUAUCUAGCUUUACGACCAUAUCAAGAGGCGAUUGUCGCUUUGAUCUCACUGAUGUUAGACUCUGGUCUACCGUGUUUUCGUGGACAAACUAUCAAACUGUUAAGACAACGAUUUGCACCACAAUUAUCCGAUCGUGAAGCUGCUGCCUCCUAUCUACGUAUUAUGCGUACAUGUCUUGCUCAUUGGAGGGAUAAAUCUUACGAUGUAAUCCAAUAUAUGCAAAAUCAAAUUCCUUAUUAAAAUUGGAGAGGAAGAGAAACAGCGACACAGUGAGAGAGAGAGAGAGAGAGUGGGAGGUAGAGAGGGAGAAGUCCUCCUAUAUCUGUGUGUAUAUCAUCCUUUCUACUCAACUGUUUGUUGUUUUAGAUUUGGAUUUUUUUCAGUGUGUUUCCAACCUUCAUUGAAUACCCUCUGUCAAUUAUUCUUGAUGAUAAAUUUUGAAUUAUGUCUAGACUAUCGAAUUACAUCAUCAUCAGUAGUUAGUGUGUGUGUGUGUUUGUGUUUCGGUGAUUAUCGGCUGCUACACUACUAACUACUGCCCUGGUGUAUGUCCCCUGAGCAUCCUCUAUCUAUCUGAUUGUCUCCAUACCCUCCUACCCUCCUUCCUUCGUUCGUUCCUUCCUUCCUUCAGGGUUGUAUCCACUAUGUAUACAGAUAUCUAUCUAUAUAGUUCUUACUAUCACUAUUCAUAAUUUCAAUUAUUUUGUUUAUUUAUCUGUGAUCGAAUUAGCUGUAUAUUUUAUGCUUGAUAAGAUGUUGCUAUUAUUCUUGUUAUUUAUCACGAGUGUUAUUCACACACUCACCCACUCAAUCAUUCACUUGUGUUAUUGUUACUAUUAUUAUUCGUAUAUACAUACAUUUCCUUAUUAUUCCCUAGUAUAUAACAUCUUAAACGUUGAUUGAAUACAUACAUACAUACAAGUUGUAGAUUGUUAUUUACUACACUACUUAUAAUAUAACUACUUUCCUCAUCUUGUCAUUUGAUGUUGUCUUCUUUAUCCUUUGAUUGUUUGUAUAUGUGUGUGUGUGUUGACAUGUUCAUCAUUAUUGUUAUUUCAUCACUUACUGUCUAUCUCUACUCAUGUUGUUAAAUGUUGCGUCGCUGGAGUUCGACAGGAUGGGGUGGGGGGUGUCCGUGGGUAUUGGAGUGUUAAGUCUGUAUUUGCAGGAGAGGUCUCCACAUACACGUUUUUUCAUGUAUAUCAUGUUCCAUUGACCAUUGUCAUUAUAUUCCUCUUGUAAUUAUUUAUUACUAAUAUUACUCAUACUACUACUAUUAUUAUUAUUAUUAUUGCUAUUCUUCAAAAGAUGUUCAUUCCCUCGGCAAAAUGUAUUCCUCUGUUCUAAUCUAAUUAAUGUCUUCUUCUUACUACUAUUAUUAUUCGCCUUUCUUAACCCUUUUCCUCCAUUUUUGUUCUGUUCUAUUUUGUGAAGAUUUCCUGGCGAUUUAUAAACAAAAAAAAUUAGAUAACUUGAUUUAAAGACUUAAUAUAAAUAUAAUAUUGUCUAAUCAUUGUUGC